AUGGCCAAGGGUAAGAAGUUCUUCAUUGUAGGCCCUGGCUUCAUCGGUUGGAAUGUCGUGGAUCGUUUGAUACAAGAGCCAUCAGGUGACUUGACUGGUUCGACGCGCGGCUCACGGCCAGCAGUUACAACAAUCUGGCGCGGAGUUCAUCAUCAGCGACCUCACGACCUCAUCUUCCUCGCCGCAACGGCCAAGCACCUUCGUUUCGUCGAAGCCGUCCUGGCAGGGGUGGCAGAACGGGCCAAGCAAGGCAAAAGCGUCAUCCUCACUCACAACUCUGGCACAUCGGUCCUCAACGACAACGCCAACGGCGAGCUCGAAUAG